AUGGUGAAAUACUGUUUUUUGUAUUGUGUAAAUCAACAUUUCACACCUCUUUUCUCCUUCCUCAGUUUCAUUCAAAGUGCUGGUGCCAGCUGUAACGUUUCGUAUCAAGAAGCAUUACAUCAAGGACUAGUCAAUGACGAUCUGGAGAUAGAUACAGAGAUCACAACAGAUUUCUGUAUGUCUCAUAACUAUACCAAGUUACAGACUUCACAAGAAGACAGCUUAUGUGGCACGAGAUUAAGUUGUAGCAUCAGGGAAAAGGAAUUCCAUAAGUUUAACUGUAGUUUCUGCCUACAGAGCUUCCCUUCAAAAUACACACUCAUAAUGCACAUCUUCAUCCACAUUGAUGGUGUUCAGGCACCUGCAUAUGUGUGUAAGUCAUGUGGUGAGGUAUUGCCCACUGAUGACAGCUUGAAAGAACAUUUGAGAAUGAGUGAGGGUGACCAAGCAUUAUCAGCUGCCAACAGUGAGAAACUUGAAUGCAGUGAUGACCAUGAAAACAAUAUCUCCUUCGAGUGUGUACAAGAAGAAAUAGUGGAACAGACUGAGAAGCAAUCUUCAUCCAAGGAAACCAGGAAAACUUUAAGGAAAUCCUUUAGUGACAUAUGCAAUACACGUACUGUGGUACAAGAUGCAGAGAAACUCAGAUGUGAUGACUAUGGAAUUUUGUGUACAAGUGAUCAUGUUAAUGUCCACACUGUGCUAAGUUCAAAGAGACAUCACAAAUGUGAUGUUUGUGGAAAAUUGUUUACUUGUUCGCGCAAUCUCAAGGUACACGAACUAAUACACACGGGAAAGAGACCCCACGAAUGCGGUGUCUGUGGAAAAUCGUUUACUCAGUCGGCCCAUCUCAAGACCCACAAAUUAAUACACACAGGAAAGAGACCCCACGAGUGCGAUGUUUGUGGAAAAUCUUUUAUCGAGUCGGGCCAUCUCAAGACCCAUAAAUUAAUACACACAGGAAAGAGAUCCUACAAAUGUACUGUUUGUGGCAAAUCGUUUAUUCGUCCGGGCAAUCUCAAGGCACACGAAUUAAUACACACGGGAAAGAGACCCCACGAAUGCUGUGUUUGUGGAAAAUCGUUUACUCAGUCGAGCAGUCUCAAGGUACAUGAAUUAAUACACACAGGAAAGAGACCUCACGAAUGCCGUGUUUGUGGAAAAUCGUUUAAUCAGUCGAACAAUCUCAAGACGCAUGAAUUAAUACAUACAGGAAAGAGACCCCACGAAUGCGGUGUUUGUGGAAAAUCGUUUACUCAGUUGGCCCAUCUCAAGACCCACAAUUAA